AUGAAGCAGCCUCUUCUUAGUCAUGUGUACAACUGGAUUAUUAACUGUAAGCGUCUACGAGAGACAAGUGAGAAGCAGCGCAUUGCAUCACCACAUAUUCCUCUAUUCAGUAUAGGGAACGUCACGUUUGGAGCUACUGGAAAGACUCCAUUUGUGCAGUUUUUACUCGAUUACGUGUUACAGCAUGGAAAGAAACGUCUCGUGCCAAUGUUACUAAGUCGUGGGUAUGGUGAUGAUGAAUGGCGCAUGCUAAGUAACCAAUUCCCAGCGUGUAUCAUGGCAUUAGGAGGUGAUCGUGUAGCGAUUGGUGUUGCGAAAGUAAAGGAAUUAGGUGGAGAUGGAGCACCAUUGAGCUGUAUCGUGUUAGAUGACGGAUUACAGCAAUGGCGACUAGUAAAGGACCUGGAGAUUGUAAUGGUGGAUGCUCUUCAUCCGUUGGGUAAUGGUCUGCUCUUGCCGUGGGGAAGUCUACGAGAAAUGCCACGUGAUGCUUUUGCAAGGGCCGACGUGGUGAUUCUACAUCAUGCAAAUCUGGUAGAUACUGAACGCAUUCAAGACCUGAUGGACAAUGUCAGAGCGUUGAUGGACGCAAGGAAGAAGGCUAUAAUUGCGACAUCAAAGCUGCAGGUCAUGGGGUUGGUCUCUGCUAAGAAGCUUCUGGCAAAUGCAAUGAGUAGCACAAGUGGUCAUGUUGCUUUGGAGAGAGAUGAUGAUCUACUAUGCUUGGAUGGUCUUUCCGUUUUGGUCGUAUGUGGUGUAGGUAAUCCAGAGUCCGUCGAGUUAGUCGUGAAAAAAUUGGCAUCUUGGGCUCAAAUGGAAGUGAUAGCAUUUCCUGAUCAUCACGCAUUUACUGAAACGGAUGUGCAUGAUGUUGUCAAGCGAUCACGUGAGCUCCAGCAAAAGAACAGUUUAGUAGUACUGACUACAGAAAAAGAUUUUGCUCGAGCACGACUUGCAAUGCAGCUUCUUGCCGAAAAAGUCGACUUACGAGUUCUUCAGUGCAAGCUAGAGCUGCUUCACAAUUGUAAACAAGUCAAGCAACGUAUCGACGCGUGCUUGAGCAAAACAAUUGAAAGACAUGAGCAAUAG